AUGGCUCGGCUCGAUCUGUUUCGGCUGGCUUCGACUGGACUAGACUCGGUUCGACUAGGAUCCACCUGGCUGGGCUCGGUUCGACUAGGCUGGAUUCACCCCGGCUCUGCUUGGCUCGAUUCGGCUCUCAAGCUGCACCGAAGCGCCCAGCACUCCGCUCUUAAGAGUGCGGCAGUCCACCCUCCCCAACCCCCGCACCGUCCCAUUCCGCCCCGCCCCGGCGCGGGGAAGCGCACGGUUUCGUUUUCCUUUCUCGCAGAACAGAAACUUGGCACCGAGCCACGGGCGCUGGUUCACUGUUUCUAUUCUCCCGGCCCGCCCCACUCCCCACACCCCCGACCCGCCUCUCGGCCCUGCAGGGACGUCCCGAAGCCGCCGGCUGCCCGGAGCAAGUUACUGACCGCAGGACCAUUUCCCGCAGGGACCAAGCCCGUUCACUUCAGUGCCACUAAAGCGGGAGGGAGGAGGCAAAAAACCCUCCCCCGAGCAGCAGCCCUCCCCUGCCGGACUUCUCCCCGUAGCCAGGCGCUUUCCCGGCCAGCCGGGCAGGUUUCGUUUCCCGCUGGCCCCGCCGUUCCCCGCCGCUCCGCGCUGCAGCCGGCCCGGCUUUCGGCAGCGAUGCUGCGGCGCUGCCCCCCGGGGCCGCCGGGCCCCCCGCUCCUCCGCCGCGCUCUACCGCCAGCCGCCCCCGCCGUCCGCGACCGUCUGCGGGAGUGCGCGGCGCGGAUCCCGGAGGCCAGGGCAGUACUCGACCUGCUGGAGGACUGUCCUGAGCACCAGAAGAAGGGAGGUUUUCCCGUCGUAGUUUUUGAAGGGCUGGAUGCCACAGGCAAAACCACUAUAACCCAGGCUGUUAAGGACACCCUGAAUGCCGUUCUGCUAAGGUCUCCACCACCUUGCAUCAGCCAGUGGAGGACAAUAUUUGAUGAUCAGCCAACCCCCAUAAAAAGAGCAUUUUAUGCUGCGGGCAACUACAUUCUUGCUUCAGAAAUAGCAGAAGCAUCCACUCGGGCACCUGUGAUCAUAGACAGAUACUGGCACAGUACAGCUGCCUACACAAUUGCCACUGAAGUAAAUGGGAAAGUGCAGGAUCUUCCACCAGCUCAUGAUGAGGUGUACCAGUGGCCUGAGGAUCUGCUUAAACCCGAUCUUGUUCUUCUCCUGACUGUUGAUCCUGAGGAGCGAGUCCGUAGACUUCAGUGUCGAGGGCUGGAGAAAACAAAGGAGGAAGCUGAGCUGGAAGCUAACAGCUUGUUUCGCCAAAGAGUUGAAGAGUCGUACAGAAGGAUGGUGAAUCCUGCGUGCCAAGAGGUUGAUGCCAGCCCCUCCAAGGAAGAGGUUCUCAAGACAGUGCUACAACUAAUUAAAAAACACUGUGCUUUGUGAAAGCAGCUUCUGUGUAAUAGCACUUGAAAGACUUUUUAGUGCACUUACAAGAUACUUUUUGUUGCCUCUCUGGUUUUGGUACCUGAAAAUGCACUGUGAUGUGUUUUACCUCACAGAAGGAUCUUCUCUUUCUUCUGUUGCUAGUAAUCUGUGCAGGUCAUCUGUUUCACCAUUGCCUACCAUACUUCUCUGUAUAAGGCAAAAUAAUACUCAUAUUAUUCAACAUUCUUAGCAAAGCCACAAGCAUACUACCGUCAUGUGCGAGGUACCCCGGAGUGCUCUCUCACAUGGUGACAUUUCAAGAAACUGUCAUGUUGCACCUUAAUCACCAGGAGAAUCUGCUCCUGCAUCUGUUGUUCACCAGAAGUCACUGGACUGUGGGAACAGCAGGAUGUGCGGUUCCAGCUAAGUAGCCUUGGACAGGUUAUACAGAAAUAUGUUUUUUAUGAGUGUAAGGAGUGAUAGCCCAGGCCAGUGAGAAUGACAUCUCAGGCCAGAAAACUGCCCCCAUAUGUAUAAUGUGUGAAUGUUUGGCCUGGGUGUGUGAAUGAGUGGGUCAGAAUGUUGCCCACAAGAUAUGUAUGGAAAUGUGACUGAAAACAGUCACAAGACGAGUGUGGUGUGUUUGGAAUAACAAUUAUUGAAAAAACGUCCUGUCUAACCUCUUAGUCUAGGUCCGGGUCGGUAGACCUAUAAAUUGAGAACUGUUUUGCUCAGCUCCGCCUGGCUCUGCUCUUGCUGCUAACAAGGACUUUGUGUGUGCGUGUGUCUCUGUCUGCGUCUGUAUGAAUUGUUCCUCAUUGCUGCACUGGGCUGCAGCUGGAGCAUUAGUGCCCAAGGAGAGGCUGAAAUGUCAUCCAGCAGUAAAACAAUAAAAUGGUCAUAACACUGAGGAACAGAGAAUCCAGUGGCCCAGUGUUGUUUACUGGAGUAGAGGAUGAGCAGCUGCUGCUGUGAUGGGCAUCCUGCAAAAAACAUGUUGUAAAUGAGGGCCAGUGAGCAUCUAGGCCUCUACGGAAUAAAGUCCAAGCCUAUCAACAUAUGCAAAUGUAUACCAAUUCAUUUCAGAGGGAAACAGGAGAAUGCUGACAUCUUAGAAACAGAGACCUGAGAAGAACCUGAAAUUAAAAACAUUUGAUAAGUAAUUGCUAAAAUAUUUUUCUAUGAAACAUUUUCUAUAUCCUAUUGAUAGCAUUGUUAAUGUGAAUUUGUGUUCUUUUGAGAGAUGUGAAAUGGAAAAAAUGCAGGGAAUCUGAGCAAUGGAAAUUAUUGUACCUUUUCACUUCAUCUUUUCUUUCUCAUCUGGGUUUUUGCACAUAUUGAAUGUGAAAGCAGGCUGCCAUCAAGACUUCAGCUCUGCAAAGGCUGAUUUUUAUGUAGUUUCUCUAUUGUUACUCCUAAGUUUAAAACUAAACAUAUGGAUAAGCCUUUGUGGGGUCAGAAAUGAUCUGCAGAUCCAGAAAGAAUGUAACUAAAAUGUAAAUUUGAUUUCAAAUACUACUUUUACUUACUUUCCUGUGUUAAACAAAUGAAAUUAUGAAUGAAUCUAUAAAUAAAAAUGUAUUCACUACUGCA